AUUGAAAUAGAUUGAUACACAAAAAAAUAUAAAAAAGAUUAAUUUACGCUUAUUAUUAUUAGAUAAAUAAUUGAAUUUGUUCUUUUGUUCUUUAUGGAUCAAUCGAAUGAGAAAACUAUUAAUUCAUCAAAUAUAACUACUACAUUUCAAUCCACUUCAUCAUCAUCUUCAUUACUAAGAACAAUCUAUGCACAUCGUAUAGAAAAUUAUUCACCAAUAACAUUUACAUAUAUUAAAGAAUAUUGUAAUAAUGAAAUUAUAACAUCUAUUUAUACAAUAUGGAAUUUUUUACCAAAAAUUCUCUAUGAACAAUUACAUUAUAUCUCAAAUAUAUUUUUUAUAUUAGUUGCUAUUAUACAUUUAUUUGCUGAUGGUGCUACAUCAAUAUUUGCUAUUAUUGGUCCAUUUUCAUUUGUAUUAUUAGUUACUAUAAUUAAAGAUGUAAUCUAUGAUAUAUUAAGACAUCAACAAGAUAAACAAAUUAAUGAAAAAUUAUUUCCAUUAAUGAAAAUUAAUAUAAAAACAAAUGAAAUUAAAUGGAUAUUAAAAAAAUCAAAAAAUUUACAUGUUGGUGAUGUAAUAUUAUGUAAAAAUAAUGAAGAAUUUCCAUGUGAUUUAAUUAUCUUAGCAACAAGUAAUCAUAAUUGUAAAUGUUAUAUAACUACAUCAAAUUUAGAUGGUGAAAAUACAAUUAAAACAAAUUAUUGUUUAUUAGAUACACAAAAUGUCUAUAAAGAUUAUAUAAAUGAUUCAAUUAAUUAUACAUUAAAUAAUGAUAUAUUGAAAUCAUUAUAUAUCAAAAUUAAUUGUCAACAACCAAAUGAAGAUUUUAAUAAUUUUGAAGGUUGUAUUACAACAAAUUUAAAUGAACAAAAAAAACAAUCAUUAACAUUACGUAAUAUAUUAUAUAAAGGUGCCAAAUUAAAAAAUACAAAAUCUAUUAUUGGUUUAGUGAUAUAUACUGGUAAUGAUACAAAAUUAUUAUUAAAUUCUAAAAAAGUCAAACGUAAAUAUAGUUCACGUGAAAGUAAAGCUAAUCAAAUUUUAUUUAUAUUUAUUAUUAUUAUGAUUGUAUUUUGUAUAUUAUUUUCUAUGGUAACAAAAAACUGGUCAAUCAAUAAUUUAAUUAAUCCAUUUAUACCAUUUGAACAUUUUAAAAAUUGGAUACAAAUUAAAGGGGUAUUUCGAUUUUUAUUUAUAUUAAAUUAUAUAAUACCAAUAUCAUUAAUUAUAACAACAGAAAUACAACAAAUUACAUCAGCAUAUUUUAUAUCAGCUGAUAUGAAUUUAUAUGAUAUAGAACAAGAUCAAUCAACUAAAUCAAAUACACCACAAUUAGUUGAUGAAUUAGGGCAAGUAAAUUAUUUAUUUAGUGAUAAAACUGGUACAUUAACUAAAAAUGAAAUGAAUUUACAUACAUUAGCUGUAUUAAAUACAGAUAAAGUAUAUGUCUUUAAUGAUAGUACACUUCAAAAUAUCAAUGAUAAUACUAAGAAUAGAAAAAAGGAGAAUACACAGAAAUCAAUUCGAUUAAAAAAAAUUUCACAAAAAAUAAAUAAAUUUGGUUAUAUUGGUGUUGUUUAUGAAGAAUCAAAUGAAUUUCAAUCUGAAUAUUAUAAUGAUAAUUAUGGAUUUAUAUCAUCAUCUGAUUCUGAACUAGAUGAAGAAGAUCACAAUGAAAUAGUACCACAGUAUAUAUUGAAUAAAGUAAAUAAAUCUAAAGAAAAUAUUACAUUAGCAAAUGAAUAUCUUAAUUAUACAUCUAAUAACAAUAAUAAUAAUAAUAAAUUACCCAAUGAAUUAUUACAUUGUCUUACAACAUUAGCAUUAUGUCACACCGUAGAAGUUAAUGAAGAGGAUUUAAUAAAACAAAAUAGAACAGACGAAAAUAUAUGUCUGGAAAACUUUUAUCAGGCAACAUCACCAGAUGAAAAAGCACUUGUUAUAGGUGCAGCAAAACUUGGCAUUCUAUUUAUGGGUACAUCACUCAAUGAGAAUAAUUCACAUUCCAGAAUAUAUCGUCUAGAAUAUGAUCAGUGUUUACAAAAUGGUUCUGGUCAAUCAGAAAUUAUGGAAUAUUCCAUUGAUGCUAUUCUAGAAUUUGACUCAUUUCGAAAACGUAUGAGUAUUAUGGCUAAACAUCCUGAUGGAACGUAUCAUAUUCAUAGUAAAGGUGCUGAAUCAAGUAUUUUUGAGAUAAGUAACUUAUCAACUGCGGAUUUGAAACAGUUAGCCAGUAAACAUGUUACACAGUUUGCUAUCAAUGGACUACGUACCUUAGUUUAUGCAAGUCGUCAAGUGGAUUCUAGCGAGUAUUACCAUUUGCUCAAUGAAUUUUAUCAUGCCAAUUCAUUAUUUGGCUCUGAACGUAGUGAUGCAUUAAAAAUAAUUUAUUCAAAGAUUGAAUAUAAUUUAACAUUGAUUAGUGUUACUGGAGUUGAAGAUAAACUUCAACCUGGUGUUCACGAAUGUUUAAAAAAUCUCCGUGAUGCUGGAAUUCAAAUUUGGGUAUUAACUGGUGAUAAAGAAGAGACAGCAAUUACUGUUAGUCGUUCAGCUGGACAUUUUACACCAAAUAUGAAUUUAGUACAUUUAACAAAUUGUAAUGAUUUUUUUACUUUUGCAUAUAAAUUAUUUAAUUAUUUAGAAAAAUUAAAAAUUUAUCGUGAAAAAAGAAAUUUAAAAAAGAAAAUAAAAUUAUUAUUUAAAAGACCAAUUAAUUUAAUCAAAAUGAAAACAAACUUAAAUUGUCGUAUGAAAGUUGAGUUUAAUUAUCAAAAUAAUUCUAUUGAUGAAAUUGAUUUAUAUUAUAAUAAUAAUAAUAAUAAUAAUAAUAAUAAUAAUAAUAAUAAACAAUUGUUUACAAGUAGAUCAUUACAACAUAAAUUAGAUCGACCACGUUAUAGACAUUCAAAAAGACCUGGUUCUUCUGGUGAACCAAUGGCUCUUGUAAUAGAUGGUAAAAGUUUACGAUAUGCAUUGCAUCCUACUUUACGAAAAACAUUUUUGGAUUUAUGCUUACAUUUAACUACUGUAUUAUGUUGUCGUAUGACACCAUUACAGAAAGCAUCAGUUGUACAACUUGUACGUUCAGGUUUAUCAGAAUUUGGUACACCUCCGAUCACAGCUGCAAUAGGUGAUGGUGGUAAUGAUGUUGCAAUGUUAUUACAAGCUAAUAUUGGAAUUGGUAUACAUGGUAAAGAAGGAAAAGAAGCUGUGCGGGCUUCGGAUUAUGCCAUUCCACAGUUUAAACAUCUACAACGUCUUCUUUUAGUUCAUGGACAUCGAGCUAAUUAUCGAAUAUGUUUAACAAUGGAUUUAUUCUAUUAUAAAUGUGUUGCAUUUGUAACAACACAAUUACUUUAUACAUUUUAUAGUGGUUUCUCAGCUGUAGCAACAUUUGAAACUGUUUUAUUUUCAAUUUACAAUUUAACUGUAACAUCGUUAAUGUGUUUACUUUUUGGCUUGUUUGAACGUCAUUUACCUGAUGAUAUAUUAAAUGCGAAUCCAUAUCUUUAUAGAAAGUAAGUCUACGUAUUUUCAUUGCAUCACGCGAUUACACUAUUAUAAUAUUUGGAGGAAUUCUAUUUACUUUGAUUGGGAAUAUAGCAAUAUUAAUUGCAUUACAAAGUACAACAACACUUGACAACAUCAAUUUUCGCAGUUAUACGAAAUUAUGCCGAAGUCCAACAUUCUGGUUUGCUCUACCGCUUAUCUUAUGCAUAGCUAAUUUUCCAUCUUUAUUGUGGAGAAUCAUCUCGGAUGCAUGGUGGAAUCUACAAAUUUACUUAAGUAGUAUACCUCAUAAGCAGAUUCGUCGAAAAUAUCGUCGAUCACCAAUGAUCUGGUUUUUGGCAUUAACAACUAAUUACCUGACUGAUUCGUAUGAUAUAUUUCAUCGAAAUGAAAUUAAACAAAAUAGUUCAUAACUUAGGCGAAGCGAAUAGUUCCACAAUACUAUCAGCCGAUGUAUACAAUAAUCAAUCAUCAAAUUAACAAUGAAUGUAAAUAAUAGAAAUUUUAAUGAUUAAUGAUGUAAAUUAUACAUAAAGGUUUACCAGUGCUUUCUCUUUAGUGUUCCGAUCAUAUUUUUUUUAAACGAAACAAACAAUUUAUUCACAUUAUUUUGUUUUUCUAAAAAAUGUUAAUAUCCAAGUUUAUUCUAAAAUAAAAAGUUUUUUUGCAAUGAAUUUACUUUUAUGUACUCCUUCAAGGUACUUCUUGUACUUUAACAUUGUUCCAUAUCAUUCAUUAUACUGAUAUGUAAGUGCUUAACAUGGUUUCUUUUCUUUUAAUCUCCGGUAUUGUAUACUAUUCUGGAAGAAUAUUCUCUGUGAAUUAUUCUUCUAUCGUUUCUUUUACUGUCUUCUUCUUAAAUAACAAGAAAUGGGUUUUUUUAAUCUACAAACUGAUG